AAAUGAUUAUUUCCAUUUUCAUCCAAAGUGUUGUGCAUUUGGUUUUUUGUUUUUUUUGAACAGUGUUUUUUGGUGAAAAAUAUUCUUUAAAAAAAACCAAUAAUGAGCAAAAAUAGUUGCAAUGUCAAUAAGAACAACAAAAAUAAUAAUGGUAAUAGUAAAGAUGGAAAUAUAAAUGGUGAAUUUAUUUUUCCCGGCGAGCGUUUAUUAAAUGAAGUUAUGAAUGAACAUCCGGGUGAAUUAUGUCGUACUGGUUCACCGGCAAUAAUCUGUACACCAUUACCAAUACAUUGGCGAUCCAAUAAAACAUUGCCAAUAUCAUUCAAAGUAAUUGCACUAUGUGAAGUUAAUGACGGUACAUUAGUUACUGUUCGUGCUGGUAAUGAUGAGAAUUGGUCCGGUGAAUUAAGAAAUUCAUCGGCUAUCAUUAAAAAUCAAGUAGCGAAAUUUAAUGAUUUACGUUUUGUUGGUCGUUCUGGACGAGGAAAAAGUUUUUCAUUAACAAUAACAUUGGCUACAAAUCCACCACAAAUUGCUACCUAUAUGAAAGCAAUCAAAGUUACUGUUGAUGGUCCACGUGAACCAAGAAGUAAAACGAGUCUAUUGAAUCAUUGUUGGCCAUAUCCCGGUGCUCAUCAUCAUCAUCAUCAUACAUCAUCUGUACGGACAAAUCAUCAUCAUCCUUUACCACCAUUGACCAGUGGUACAGCACCACCGAUCACUUCAACUAAUGCGAUUAUUCCAACCAAUCCAACAAAUGCAACAGGUCCACAUGUUAAUUUUUUGAAUGCAGCUGCAGCGGCUGCUGCUGCCGCUUCUGGUCAUCAUCAUCAUCCACAUCAUCCAAUCGCGUCGCAUCCAGUCGCAAUAGUACCACCACCGUUUCGUGCAUUAGCACAUGCCAUUUUCGGUAAUGCAGCAGCAGCAGCAGCUGCUGCUGCUGCGGCAGCUACUGGUCAUCAUCAUCAUAAUCAAUCGAUUUCAGCACAAAUAUCACCAUCAAAUGUUAUUACAGGUGGAAUGUUAACAACACCAAUACCAUCAUCAGUUAUGGCAAAUUCUCCAAAAGGUUCUCCAACAACAACACUGACAUCAUCAACUUUAAUUGGUACAAAUUCCGAACAACAGAUAAUACCUGGAUCUUAUGCGGCCGCAGUUGCAGCUGCACAACAAGAAUGGCGUUUAGCAGCCAAACAAAUGGCUUUGCAAAAUUCUUAUGCAAAACUUUUACAACAACAAAGGCCAAUAAUGAUGGAAAAUGGAAAUUCAACAUUAUCACCAAUUCAACAACAACAUCAAUGGAAUAAUAUUAAACAGGCAAUGGCAGCCGUUGCAUUAGUACAGCAUGCAUCAUCAUCAUCAACCGUAUCGACAAAUGCUAAUCGAUCAUCAAUCAAUAAUAAUAAUUGUGCAAUAUUACCCAAUAAUAGCAAUGAUGAUGAUGAUGAUAAUCAAAAUAUAACCAGUGUUAAAAGGCUUAGCAAUAAUAAUAACAGCCAUACUGACAAAAUAAUUAUGCAUGAUAAAUCACUUAUAAUGACACCCGGAUCUUCUUCCACAACAUCAUCAUCGAUAAUGAAUGAUAAUUUUUCAAUGAAAAAUAUUAUGCCAAUUAAUGAGAUGUCGUCUUCGUUUUCACCCUCGUCAUCAUCACCACCAUUAUCAUCAUCGAUCGAUGGUGAUAACGAUGAUGAUCGAUAUUUUAAUGAUAAUCAAUCGAUUAUGAAUACUGAUGACAAUGACAAACAACAGCCACCACGACGACAACGACAACAAUUUGAAAAUCUGAAUAUUAUCGAUAAUCAAUCGAAACAUUUAAAACCAGUCACAACACAAAAUGAUCAUGACGACGAUGAUGAUGAAAAAAUCAAUACCAGCAAUGAUAAUUCAGAUAAAUCAAUUAAUGGCAAUGAGGAUGAGGAUGAUAAUGAUCAAAAGGAAAUCAAUUAUCGAUCAUCGGUGAAGAAAAAAACAACAGCAGCUGAUACAAAAAUUGAACGCAUAGAGAAAUUAUGGCGUCCAUAUUGAAAAUGUUAAAAAGAAUAAUUUUCAAAAAUAAUUUAUUAUCAUCACUGUUUUCAUCUAUAGAUUUAUCUCAAUUGAUCAACCAUAAACAUUGAUAGCGUAAAAUUCUGAUGAUUAAA